CCUUUUCACCUUAAUUUACGUUUUAAAGCAGCAGCUCUGUGAAAAAGAGAAACAAAACAAAUCACCCAGGGGCAGAUCUACCGUUUUACCAAAACAAGAUAAGCAGCAGACUCAAAACAUGCCACCCCCCCUUGCUAGCGAGCCUGGAAUUAGUAGCGGGGCGGAAAAACCUUGGCUGAAAACCUUCACCGUUCCACUCGGAAAUCUACGGCUCAGUGAAGUCUCGGUUCGAUAUUCGGCGGUUCGUUGCGCUAUGUGUGGGGCAUCGUUUUAGGCCCUCUCGGUUCUCGGUGGUGCACGCGCGUAUUCGUGCGUAGGUGGUGGGAAUUCCAUGCUCCAGCAGCAGCGGCACCCGCGGCAGAAUUCCCAAUUCUUUGAUCGCCCACACCAUGGACAAAGAGCACGAAGUUCUGCUCAACGGUUUCGUGAUAGCCAAGAAGCGGUAUCGUGUGUAUUAUAAUGCCGGAAUCCUUGUAUGGGAGGAAGAAGCAGCGAAGAAAGCAAAAGUUGCGGUACCGAUAACGGAUGUUUUAUCGGUGGUGCUAUCAAAUCGACCGAACCCCGCUACCAACGGGCGCAAAAGAUGGCUAGAAUGCAACAAUUCCGCAAAAGCCGCUUCGUCGUCCUCAACAUCAUCGUCGUCGUCGAGAUCAGCUAAGGCUGCUAGUGAUGGGGGGGCCCACGACAGCAGCCUGGACAGCGAUCGCAUACCCGUUCUCUCGAGCUCGUUAUCCUCGACGACCACCACCAACACGCUAGCCACGAGCAGUCACAGCAAUCGCGAGAGCAGCGACGAAUUGUCUAAUUCCGACGUGCGCCGUGAAGGUGAUUUUUAUGGUGAUGGCAGCAAAACAACGGCAGGAAAAUAUCUUAUCAUCCAUUACGCUACCCUCGUCUGCCCCAAGACGAGUCGAUGGCGAGUGAAAAAUGUUGUCCUUCACAACGCCGAACAACGCAUCGUGGACCACUGGUACAGUCGAUUGACGGACGAUCUACGAGACCAAAAUCGACCAAAGAACUUGCUGCUCUUUCUGAACCCGUACGGUGGCAAAAAGAAUGCCCUCGCACUGUAUGAGCGAUUCGCCAAGCCAUUGUUUCGGUUGGCCGACGUAGACGUUAAUUUGAUCAUUACACAGCGUGCCCAGCAGAUCUACGAUAUCGUCACGUCCAAAGGUAUCGCACUGGGUUGCUAUGAUGGGUUGGUGUGUUGUGGUGGCGAUGGAACGUUUGCUGAACUGUUCAACGGUCUAGUAGCGCGUACGAUGGCGGAUCUGGGUCUUGAUGUAAAGCAUCCACCGUACCUGCCGAAACCGAACAUUCCGAUCGGAGUCAUUCCAGCCGGCAGUACAGACACGGUAGCGUACUGUCUGAACGGCACCACCGACAUCAAAACCUCCAUCAUACACAUUAUCCUGGGACAACACAGCGGAUUGGACAUUGCCGCCGUUUAUGAUGCGACCUCGGUGAAGCAACCGGAAAACCAACCGGGAGUAAGGCCACGACCACAACUGCUCAAGCUCUACGCCAGUGUACUCUCUUAUGGUUAUCUUGGUGACAUCGCGUACGAUAGUGAGAAAUAUCGAUGGAUGGGACCGAAGCGAUACGAUUACUCUGGAUUCAAAAAAUUCCUACGCAAUCGGGGCUACGAUGGCGAAAUUGUAGUCAACAUCGAUCGCGAUGAUAAGCACGAUCCGAACGAUGGUGUGCGGUGCGUGGAAAAGUGUUCCCGUUGCCACCGGGCCAUAUUUGGUUUGCGCGACAGUAACGCCACCGGUGGUGGCAGCAGCAGUGAUGGCGAUGAGAACGGUGGCGAACAGCAAAUCGUGAUCAGCGGAAAGUUCCUUAUGGUGAAUGGUGCCAACAUUUCCUGUUCCUGCCAGCGGAGCCCGCAAGGGUUUUCCCCCUUCUGUCACCUUGGUGACGGGCAGCUAGAUCUGGUCGUGGUGCGCCACACAUCGCUCUUCAACAACCUUCGCCUUCUACUGACGAUGACUUCGAAAUCGAAGAAAAUUAGCGAUCUGCCAUUCGUGGAAAUCUAUCGCACGAAAGAGUUCCGCUUCACAACGCCCUACGGUUGCAAUAGCGGAGCUGGUGAGCGAUCGCCCCUUUCCAGGUGGAACUGUGAUGGGGAGGUACUGGUCGAGACGAACAUCAUCGUUGAAUCCAACUGUCAGCUGGUGAACGUGUUCCGGCGAGGAAUCAUACCGGAUCGUGCGGCUGAUACUAUGUUACAAACGAUGACGACGCCCUCCACGGCUGCCUUACCGAACGAUGAUAAGGGUUCAAGUUGCUUCGGUCUUUGCAAAUAGUUUCCCUUCGCGGUUGUAGUAGUAUUAUCCCUGCCUGGUUUUCUGUGGCCAGGUUUUAUUUUUCCUUCUGGCCUUUUGUUUCCUUCUCAUCGCCGUACAUUGUCCCUGCUGUGAUUAGUUAUGUGGGUUGGGUUCGUACGCGGUAACUAUUAUUCUUUUGGUAAGAUCGUGGCUGUUACAUAUCAUUCCAGCAGGCACAGUGUCGGGAUGCUAGCCUACUAUGUUUUCGUAAAACAUCUUCCUUUCUUUCCUUCGUUCCUUCCACUCAGAACCCCGUGUAUUGUGAGUGAUAAUCUGUGAUCCUAUCUUUACAUUUACAUAGAUGUAUAUACACUUUUUAGAGACAUUUACUUUUAAUAUGCUAUAAUUUAAUUAACGCAUCUUAUUAUUAUCACGCAAAAAGUGAUUUUCUUGCCCAGCACUGCUAGCCCCUUCUUUGUAAUAGCAAUGAAUUGAAAAAAGGAGCGUGCAUUUUGGUAAUUGUGUAACUGUGACUGACAAUAUGAUAAAAGGAAAAAAAGAACAAGAACAAUUGCUCAGCUAUCAUUGAUCGUGCAAAUAUGGUAGCCGAUUGAAACACUAGACAUCGUUUGCAAAUUGCUCAAUGCUACGGUUCAUUAUUAGUGAGACAGUAUUCUAGUUGCAGCGUAAUGAGUGCAUCUGUAGCGGCGCGUCCCUGUUUCAGACCAGUUACUAAAAAGCAAAAUCAUUCUCCUAGCCAGGGAUAGAUGAAUUCCAGAUCGGUUUCGCAACAAAAAAAAAUGCAAGUAUGCCAUCGAGUUGUGCGUGAAUUAUGUUCCUUCAAAGAGGCUUAUGGAAAAUGAGACUUGAUUUGGAGGAGAAAUGAUUUAUAGAUGGAUCAAGCAAUGCCGUAUGGGCUAGAAAGCAAUAAUCAGUACUAUAACUCUUCUGCCAUUAAUAACUAACAACACUGGCGAACAAAUUAGGUACAAACAUAUUGAACAAUCUUUCAACCAAGGAUGCUUACGGUGAACAGGAAAAGCAAUAAUCUAUGCAAUAGUUCAGACGCAAUAAAUAAAAAGAAAUCGAA